CACGUCUCUCUCUCUCUUUCCAGAGGCUUCCAUCCUUUUCUCUCUCUCUAAAAUCCAGCUUUGUGAAAUUUUCUUAUUAUUUCGCUUGUUUUCUAAGCCUCUCUCGCUGUCUCUGAGGAAAAAAUAGCGUACCUGAGAUUGUUGCUAUCCUGAAAAUUGGUGGAUUUUGCGAGAAUUACGGAGCUGUGGAUCUUGCAUUGCGCGAGGGAUUCGAACCAGAGAUUGAUUGCUACCUCUCUCUCUCUCUCUCUCUGUUCUUCGAAUUCUCUGUCUGCCUUUUGGUGUUUGAUGCUCCAAUUCGCAAACUUCGUGCGUGAAAUGCGUUUUCUCUGCAUGUUGCCACGCAGCGCUUUGAGUUGGUUUGGCUGUUGAGAUGCAAAGAUCUUUAUGAGAUGGACAGUUCGGAGACAUAGAUUCUUUGUGUAUUCUUCGUCUAAAGGAAAUCUUGAUCUUCUAAAUUUACUAUCAUAGUCUGGUUACAUUGCGAGGAGGUGGAAACAAUGGCUAUCGAAUUGAGUUCUAUCCUGUCAAGGUUGCAAACGCUAUCCACUUCUGAUCAUGCCUCCGUGGUUUCCAUGAACCUCUUUGUGGCCCUCCUUUGUGCUUGUAUUGUGAUCGGCCAUCUUCUUGAGGAGAACCGAUGGGUGAACGAGUCGAUCACUGCCCUUUCGAUUGGUGUGUGUACUGGGGUUAUUAUUUUGCUGUUCAGUGGGGGAAAAAGCUCGCAUCUUUUAGUUUUUAGUGAAGAUCUCUUCUUUAUAUACCUUCUGCCGCCGAUAAUAUUUAAUGCGGGGUUUCAGGUGAAAAAGAAGCAGUUUUUUGUUAACUUUAUUACUAUUGUGUUGUUUGGUGCUGUUGGUACAUUAAUCUCCUGCACCAUCAUAUCAUUAGGUGUUAUUCAGUUCUUCAAAAAAAUGGAUAUUGGUUCGCUGGAUAUAGGGGAUUAUCUUGCAAUUGGUGCAAUAUUUGCUGCAACGGAUUCUGUAUGCACAUUGCAGGUGCUUAAUCAGGAUGAGACACCUUUACUCUAUAGUCUUGUUUUUGGGGAGGGUGUUGUAAAUGAUGCCACAUCGGUGGUGCUUUUCAAUGCAAUCCAGAGCUUUGACCUCAAUCAUAUCGAUCCCAGAAUUGCUUUGCAUUUUACUGGCAACUUUUUUUAUUUGUUUAUCACAAGCACAAUGCUAGGGGUGCUAACUGGGCUGUUUAGUGCUUACAUCAUCAAAAAGCUUUAUUUUGGCAGGCACUCUACAGAUCGUGAAGUUGCUCUUAUGAUCCUCAUGGCAUACCUUUCAUAUAUGCUGGCUGAAUUGUUCUAUUUGAGUGGCAUUCUCACUGUAUUCUUUUGUGGGAUUGUGAUGUCCCAUUACACCUGGCACAACGUAACAGAGAGUUCAAGAAUCACUACCAAGCAUUCUUUUGCAACUCUCUCAUUUGUUGCUGAGAUUUUUAUCUUCCUUUAUGUUGGAAUGGAUGCCUUGGACAUUGAAAAGUGGAGAUUUGCCAGUAACAGCCCCGGAACAUCCAUUGCAGUGAGUUCAAUAUUGCUAGCUCUGAUUAUGGCUGGGAGAGCAGCUUUUGUUUUCCCCCUAUCAUUUUUAAUCAACUUAGUUAAAAAAUCUCCAAACGAGAAAAUCAGCUUCAGGCAGCAAGUGAUAAUAUGGUGGGCUGGUCUCAUGAGAGGUGCUGUGUCUAUGGCACUCGCUUAUAAUCAGUUCACAAGGGCAGGGCAUACUCAAUUGCGAGCAAAUGCAAUCAUGAUCACCAGCACCACAACUGUUGUUCUUUUCAGCACAGUGGUGUUUGGUUUGAUGACUAAACCUCUUAUAAGGUUCUUGCUGCCUCAUACAAAACACACAAGCAGCAUGACACUGUCAGAUUCAUCGACUCCAAAAUCAGUCAAUGCGCCACUUCUUGGAGAGGGGCAGGACUCGGAGGCUGACCUUGGUGACACUAACAUUCCCCGGCCAGGCAGCUUACGGGCACUCCUGGCCACUCCUACGCAUACUGUUCAUCGUUACUGGCGUAAGUUUGAUGAUGCCUUCAUGCGUCCAGUAUUUGGUGGCCGGGGUUUUGUUCCGUAUGUUCCUGGAUCACCAACUGAACGGAGUUUCCUUCAAGGGCAGUGAGAAGAAGGCCAAGCAAAGAUGUAAAAUGUAUUCUAAAUUGAAUGCACCUUCUGGAGAAUCCAUCACCACAUGCUUUUGAACCAGCUUGUGAAAUAGUUCUUGUACUUUAGCUAGUGUGAAGGCUGUGUACCAUAAGAUUUUGAAAUGGCUAUAUAUUAUUAUGUAUAGGUGAUUGCGUUUACACCAAGGCCCGAGCAUUGGAAGGGGCUUACAGUUUUUUUUUUUUUUUUCUUUCUCCGUCGCACUCAUUUACAUCUUAAUGAUUUUUGUGACAAGAUGAUCUUAGGAUUUGAUUUAAUGUAACGUCUGCCUCCUUUAA